UCUCCACUAAAGAACCUUUACAAAAACAAUGUUUGUCUUCUACAUUUCCUAUUUUCUUUUGACAACAAUAAUCUCUCUUCUAAUCAUUCAUUUCUCCUAAUUCUUCCUCUAAUCACCUUACUAGAUAUCAGAGACUCAAAUGGCUUACGCUGCUGUAACUUCGCUUAUGGAAACACUUUCUCUAAAUUUCUUGCAAUCACAACCACCCUUGCCUCUUGAAGAUUUAGCGGCACAGAUCAGAGACGUUGCCAAUGAAAAUCUUGGCUUGCUGCAACAAAUUCUGGAGGCUGAGAUGAGAAAGAUGGAGUUGGACGAAGCGUCUUCAAAGGGCUGGACGAAGCAGCGUCUUCUUCAUAUGAAGGCUUGCCUCCCCAGGCUUUAUGGAAAGCAGCAGCUUGCUUGGGAUACUGUACUUUUGACUUCUCGGCUCAGAGAGGUGGUUGAAGUGAAACAAAAGAUAGUUUCUCUCCAUCAAAAUCUGGGCUUGCUGCAACAAAGUCUUGAGAAAUCGGAGAUCGCAUGUCAUGAUGCGGAGAUGAAACAUUUAGAGGCGCAGAUCAGAGAUGCAUCCUUCAAAGCGGAAGAAAGGAUUGAGGUGGAGUUGACUGCCAUUUAUCUAGCAAAGGGCAACGGGGAUAGUCUUCAUAUAGCAGCUUGCCUCCUCAGGCUUCAUGAAAUCUUCAAUGAAGCAGAAAAACUGACUGAUUACCACAGGAAUGAGUUGAUUAGGAUUCAAACUGAAUACCAGCAGCUUGCAAAGGUUUCGCUCCUUGGUCGGAUCCGACGAAGAGGACUACUACAGCUUGUGAAAGGAUCAUCACUGCCUGAUCUAGUACACAAGAACAUUAUUGCGACUAAAUUUUUCAAAAACUCUUCAAAGUUCGACAGUACAAUGGUCGGAUGCCAUGAGGUGUUCAAUAAGAUAUUGGAUCAGCUGCUCACGCAACAAACAACUAAGGGCAGACAAGUUGUUUCAAUUGUUGGCAUGGGAGGAAUAGGCAAGACCACUUUAGCACACAAACUUUAUCAACAUCCAUCAAUUACUUCUCAUUUCGACAAGCGAGCAUGGGUUACUGUAUCCCAAGCUUAUAACGUAGAACAAAUGCUCCAAUGUCUUCUUAGUUGUGUUACUGGAGCAUCAAGAGGUGGUGGCCAAGACCAGUUAGCUGAACGCAUGCAUAAACAUUUGAAUGGUCAGAGAUAUUUGAUAGUGAUUGAUGAUAUAUGGCACACUACUGCUUGGGAUAGUCUGCAAAGAUGCUUUCCCAAUGAUACUAAUGGAAGCCGUGUACUAUUGACUUCUCGGCUCAAAGAGGUUGCUGAAUAUGCAUGCUCAGGUAACACUCCCCUUAACAUGCCUUUCUUAGAUGCCGAUGAAAGUUGGAAUCUCUAUUGCAAAGUGUUUGGUAAAACUGAAUUCCUUUCAGUAUUUGAGCAAAUUGGUAGAGACAUAGUGAAGAAAUGUAAAGGAUUACCUCUGGCUAUUACUUUAGUAGCUAGUCUUCUCUCCAAGACAGAAGAGAAGGUGGAAAAGUGGAAGAAUGUUGCAGAAAGUGUAAUUGGUGAUUCUAAUGAAGCAUGUUCAAGAGUACUAUAUUUGAGUUACAACCAAUUACCACACCACUUAAAAGCAUGUUUUCUAUAUUUUGGAAUUUUUGAAGAAGACUAUGAGAUAUCUGUGAAGAAGUUGGUUAGGUUGUGGGCGGCAGAGGGAUUUUUGAGCACUGUGAAGCAUGUGGAUUUGGAGAAAGUAGCUAUGGAAUGCUUGGAAGAUCUUGUUGAUAGAAGUCUUGUUAUAGUUAGCAAACAUAGCUACAAUGGAGAAAUGAAGAAAAUAAGGAUCCAUGAUGUCUUGCGAGAUUUGUGCUUGAGAGAAGGUGGACUUGAAAAUCUCUUGAAUGUCAAUGGAGUUAAACCUUGUCGUUGGAUAAGUUUUACACCACGACCUUUCUCUGAUAAAGUCAGGUAUGAUAAAGUCAGGUAUAAUGAUGAGUGCUUUCACAAAUUUCAUUCCUUUCACUUAACUCAUGCUUUUUGGGAUGAGAGCGUGAAAGGUCUAUUUUCACACUUGAAACUACUAAGAGUAGUAGAAAUGAGAAAUAGUUAUUGGGAUGAUGUUAUAGACCUAAAUAUGCUUGCAAAUCUUUUUCAUUUGAGAUGCUUAGCUUUGUCCAUGUAUCAUCCUUCUCAGAUAAAGAUCUUUGAGCAUGGGAAUAUGCAAAGUUUGAUUGUUAGGGGGGAAGGUGUUAUAUUUUAUUCCUCCGAGCCAUCUGGAAUUUGGAAAAUGCCAUUAUUAAGGAAUUUUCGCAUUGAUAGAAUUUGUUCAUUAGAAACUCCAUCGGUUGUUUAUAGAAACUUAAAGAAUAUAUCUUGGUUGGAUUCUAAGUUAUGUACAAAGGAUUUGUUUACAAUGAUUCCGAAUUUAAAAACAUUGGGCGUUGAUGGUGGAAACGAUGUUAAUAGUCCAGAUUGUUUUUGUAAUUUUGUGCAUUUGAAGCAGCUUGAGAAACUAAGCAUCAGAAGGUGGGAGGGUGUCAACCUUGUUAUGUGUAGCAUCCCAUGGGCAACUAGUUUAACAAAUCUUAAGAAGCUCAGCUUCUUUGAGUCUAAUUUGCAGUGGCAUGAGCUGAGUGCUAUUAGUAUGUUGCCUAAUCUGGAGGUUCUAAAAUUGAUAAGUGCUUGUAGCGGCCCAAAGUGGGAGACAUCUGAUAGAGGAUUCCAUCUAUUGAAGAGGUUGGUAAUUAAAGAAACAAAUUUGCAAUGCUGGAAUGUUGUGGGUGACCAUUUCCCUAUGCUUGAAUGUAUAGAGAUAAGUAAGUGCUAUCGGUUGAAAGAAAUCCCAAGUGGUUUUGCCGAUAUCACCACACUAGCAUUGAUUCAGUUAAGCGGAUGUAGGAGUUCCCUUCUGGCUUCUGCAAAGUUGAUUCAAGAAGAGCAAAACAACAACUAUGGAAAUGAUGCCCUCCUUGUUCGUUCCGAAAAUAUUGAGACUUAAUGGUGUAAGUGGCUUGGGGAGGAAGAGAGUGAUGAAUGAAUAGCAGUAUGUAGGAAGGCCUGGAGAAAUUGCUGGACGAAAUGACAAAUUUUGAAUAUGCAUAGCGGUGAGCUGAAAUGGUCUCUGCGGGCAAUUCGUUCUCAGAAAUCUGUUUUGUUCGUUUCUUAAGUGAAGUGAAGUUUGUUUGUCUGUAGAUAUUUUGGUGGUGGAGAAUUAGUUUGUAGAUAUGAUGUUUGCAAUAUAGCUGCUCUGCUAUGCACUGCAAUGAAUAAUCAUUAUCUCUUUAAUUUUCUCU